AUAUACACACCCACAUCAGGUAGUUCGUUGUAUAUGUUUGCAUAAUUAAGAAAUUAACAUAAAAUACACGUAUAAACCCAAAAAAUGACACUGAAGAUGGAAUUCGUCGGUGAAGAAGUAAUCAAACCAUCGUCACCAACACCUAAUCAUCUCCAAAGACUUCAUCUUUCUCUCUUUGAUCAGUUUCUUCCACCAACAUACCAAACCGUUGUUUUGUUCUACGACAAAGAAUCUGAAUUUGAUCAAAAAAAUCCAAAAGAGGAUAUAAUAGGAACGAAUUUGAUCCAGAGGCUCAAGAGCUCUCUCUCACACACUCUCACCCGUUUCUACCCGCUCGCUGGACGGAUCCAUGGCGUCACCGUUGAUUGUAACGACGAAGGAGUUCUGUUUACUGAGGCAAGAACGGACGUACCUCUCUCGGAUUUCCUAGGUAACCCUCGAUAUGAGUUGCUUCAGCAACUAAUUGCUCCUUCGAAAGUCUCGGAUCCAGGCAUGUGGCCAUUGUUAAGAGUGAAGAUCAGUUGGUUUAGAAACAGCGGAUUUGCGGUUGCGAUUGGCGUUUCUCACAAAGUCUGCGACACAACUUCUUUGGGGAUGUUUAUUAGCGACUGGACUACUGCCGCAAAAGGAAACGUUUUGGCCGUAAAUCCCUAUUUUGAAUCGCCCAUUUUCUACCCUCCUGGUGAUCUUUCUAUCAAUCUCCCACCGACUGUGGAACGAACAAGCACCUUGACAAAGAGAUUCGUCUUUGGUCCCGCCAAGAUCAAAGAACUCAAAAGCAAAGCCUCAAGCAAACUUGUGACACACGCUACCCGUAACGAGGCAACCACGGCCCUACUCUUGACAUGUAUGAUGCGGGCAAGUCGAUCAAAAGCGGACGCUAUUAUAUCACAGACCAUGGAUUUGCGGGCUAGGGUUCCUUCCAAUUUCUUGUCAGGCAAGUCAAUAGGUAACUUUUUCUUUUUACCUACUAUAAAAGAGAGCACAGAGAAGGAGAUUGAACUACAGGAUAUAGUCUUCAAGCUAAGGAACAAUAAGAAGGAACUCGAUGAGUUGAUCAAAGAAGAUUCAGAUCAGGUGGGUGAGAGGCUCAUGAGCGCGAUGUUGAGUAGGUUAUAUGAGAUGAGUCCUGAGAUGGAGACAUAUGUAGUGACUAGCUGGUGUAGAAUGCCCUUUUACGGGGCGGACUUCGGGUUGGGAACUCCGGUGUGGGUCGCGGCUGAUUCCAUCGACAAGACGCAGGUUGUGUUGGUGGAUGCAAAUGAUGGUGAAGGAAUCGAGGCUUGGGUUACAUUACCUGAAGACGACAUGUUUGCGUUCGAACAUGACAAGGAAUUGCUCGAGUUUGCAUCUACCUAAGCUUACAGCAGUUUUGUUUAUGCAAUAACACGAAAAAAACAAAGGAACACGAAAAAUGAUUAUGUAAUAAUGCAAUAGUAUUGCAUCUUACGAUGGCUUUUAUAUUAUAUGAGUCUUGUCACAUUUGAUGCAAUCUUUACUACAGUGGAAACUUUCAUAUGUUUUGUCAAA